GGACAUUUUAUUGUAGUGUAAUAACUUCAUUAUGUGCUUUAUUACACUGGUCGGCCUUGUGUUUUGAAUAUACACAUAGUUAGGCAGAGCACUGUUUCUAAACAGAUCACACCUCAUCAUAUUCGAUUCAUAGCAGACCCAUUUAUUCUCUACAAAAGCUACAGCAGGACACCAUCCCAUCACCUCUCCUCUGUCACUCCUGACCCUGCUGUCCCCAUGGAGAUGACCUCUCUCCUAUUCCUACUCUGUGCAGGUGUCUGCUGCACAGCCGCACUCAGCCACCUCAAACAGUUCCAUCUCAUUGAAAGGAGUUUAAACUGGACAGAAGCACAGGACAUCUGCCGGGAGAACUACACUGAUCUUGUCACUUUGUACAAUCGGGAGGAAUCUGAGCAGCUGAAACAGUUAAUGGCAUCUCAAUGCAGCUAUAAAGCCUGGAUAGGUCUCCAUCGCACAGAGCACAGUCUGAAAUGGUCCAAUGGAGACACUGUUAAUGACACUGCAUGGUCACCACUUCCAAGCCCGUGCACAGAGCCAACGUGUGCAGCCAUACUCAAAGAUAAUACAACAUGGGAGAAUUGUAAAGAGCAGAAAUACUUCAUGUGUUACAGAGAAGGGUCUGGUGAUUCCUUCCUGAUUGAACAGAACAUGACCUGGUAUGAGGCUCAGAGUUACUGCAGGGAGAACUACACUGACCUGGUCAGCAUCAGGAACGAGGGACAGAAGGAGGAAGUGAAGAACAAAGGGAUGAACAGCACCUCUUCUUACUGGAUCGGCCUCCUGUAUGAUGACUGGGAGUGGUCUGAUGGAGGGAGAUCUGCCUACAGAGACUGGAUGACCUAUUCAAAAAUAGAAGGCAAUGCGGCUGUUUUUUUGGGAAAAACUAUAACCGCUGCGCCAAAAGAAAAUGAUGAAGACUAUACACUCUGCUCUAAAGUUCGCAUCCACAAUAUUGGAGAAAGCAAGUCUUGGGAACAGGCUCUGGACUACUGCAAGAAGAACUACCAUGGACUGCUGCGUAUUGAGACCGAAGAAGACCUGGAGGUGAUCAAGCAGAAGUUUAAUGGGACUGAUUUUACUGGUCCUGUGUGGGUGGGUCUGAGACAGAGCCGUCUCUUUGGGUUCUGGGUCUGGUCCAAUGGGCUGCCAGUGGGGUGGAGUAACUGGGAGGGAGACAGACAGCCUGAACAGCCUCUGUCCAACCACUGUGGUGCCAUGGCAAUGGAGGAGGGAUACAAGUGGAGUGAUCAGGAUUGUCUGUCCAAUCGCUUUUUUAUUUGUGAAGAAGAGUUGUAAUACAUUGCCCUCUUGUUAAUUUAAUUAACUGUCUUUACCAUUUCUCACACUUUUGAUUGAAAUGUGUUUUUUUAGGUUAUUGCUGAUUGAGAUCAUCUUUGACAAAGAUUUUUUUAUGUUUAAGAUUCCAGCAUGCAAUGAAAUGUACAAUAUACCUUGUUAUUGAUAUAACGUGUUAUCAAAAAUCUUUGAGUAAAAUUGUGUGAUAUCUCAGAUAUUGUAAAAAUGUAAAUAAAAAAAUAUAGAUCAUUAUGUCAUGUUAUUCAAAUAUUUUAUUCACUUGUCAUAAUUCAUUUGCCAUUAAGCAAACUAGAUUUACCCAUGUCAUCAUUAUUGUAACUAUGGGUUACUGUAAUUAAAACUCUAGAUAGUCUAAACACAAUUGUAUUUAAUUAUUAGUAUCAUGCAUGUUAACGAUGACUAAGCAAAUAAAAAGGAUAAUAAAGUAAUAUAUUUGAUAUAAUGGACAUUGUAAACAUACUCUCUUCUCCCAAUUUCUGUUCUUACUUUACAAAAAUAAACAAAACAUAAGAUGUU